UAAAAUACAAAUAUAGUGUAUAAAUGAAUAACAACCGCUCGUAUAUAUCAGACGCAGACGCCGGGAGGAAUUUAUUCAAUUUUGUCGCCAUGGAAACGGAACAUGUAUGGUUUGAAUCGGAAGCAAUUGUGAAAAAAUGCUUUGUCACGAUCGCAGGACAAAAGAGAAAUGAGUGCAAUAAAGAUCUCGAUUGCAUGCAUCGCUUACUUCGUCAUGGUUUUGGUAGCUCUACUACAGAAUCAAGUCCAAGGGAUGAGCCCAUUGGGCCAGUACACCGUGUGCAUCCGCGAGUGCGAGACCAUGAUCUACUUGAAAAAGAACAGCUGCUGGAACCUCAUCACACCAUCAUGCGACGAAGCGCACGACAGUUUUGUUGACUUCUACCUGUGGGCGAGGUGCAUGCAGGAGUCUACUGCGGUUUGUACGGACAAGUAUCACGAAUGCAUCCAGGGGUGUAAGGAAAUUCACCGUUCGAACGUCAGAAAACAGAGAACCAGGAGAAUCAGGAUAAACGGAGAGAAGAACUAAAGGUCUUCUGACUUUUUAACAA